AUGGUCUCCAAAAUCCCCAACGACAUAUUCCAAUUCAGCACCGCCAGCGCCUUGAUGGCCGGCCUUGCCCACUCCGGUCCCUCCGCCGGCCAACUCCCCGGCUACGGCACUCACGGCAUCGGUACCUUCGGCCGCAUGAACGGCGAACUCCUCUUUCUAAGCGGAAAACCCUGGCAAAUGCUACGAUCUGGAAAGGUACAACCCGCUGACCCUUCCACUUCUCUGCCAUUCGUCCAAGUGACGAAUUUUCAACCCGAGUUUGAGGUUGAUGCAAGAGGAUUGAAGAAAAGUGGACUGGUAGAUGUAUUUGAGAAGAAUGGACCCGGUGCAGGAGGAAAGAAUUCAUUUGUGCCUUUUGUAGUAAAAGGAAAGUUUAAAUCGCUGGAUUUGAGAAUUGCAGGACCGCAAGAACACGAAGGACAGGAUCUCGCAGAAGUUGCUGCGAAUGCGCGAAAGUGGAGUGUGCAGGAUGUCAAGGGGACCAUGUUUGGCAUUGCCAGUCCUGAAUGGAUGCAAGGUGUUAGUGUGGCAGGCGUACAUUGCCAUUUCAUGACCGAACCUGAGCAAGGCAAAGACCCUGAAGGUGGCCAUGUGUUGGACUUUGAGACCGGAGAUGAUGCACUUCUGCAAUGGGCUGUGACGGGAAGAUAUCAUCUUGGAUUCCCUAGAGAUGAUGAGUGGGAGAAUUUGAAUUUGACAGCCGACACUGCUGGUCUCAGUAAGGCUGAAGGAUAA